CACCAAAACCCUAAACCCGCUCCGGCCGACAAAUCCCCUACGGUUUUGCGUGGCCACGCCGUCGCUUCCUCGAGCCAGCAUGCCCUCCAUGGAGUUCUUCUGGGGUGUGGAAGUGAAGCCGGGACAGACUGUUUCUUGUGACCCUGAAAAAGGGUGUAUUCUUCGCGUCUCACAGGCUGCUCUUGGUGAAACAAAAAAAGGAACUCACAAUAUAGUUGUAUCUGCUGAAAUUGAUGAUCAGAAGGUGAUCCUUGGAACUCUGUCUGCGGAAAAUCGCCCUCAGUUUCCCUGUGAUUUGAUUUUUCACAAAGAAUUUGAGCUAUCACACAGUUCAAAGACUGCCAGCGUCUUUGUGUGCGGUUACAGGGCUGUCAUGCCUGAUCAGCCUGAGUAUGGUUCUAGCAAAGAUGAAGGUGCAGUGAAAAUUGUAAACAAUCAAGUGAUCAAUCCUAUUGCUGGUGAAGUGAAAACUGUAAACAAUCAAGUGACCAAUCCUAUUGCUGGUGAAGUGAAAACUGUAAACAAUCAAGUGAUCAAUUCUAUUGCUGAUAACCUUGACAGUGAUGAGGAUGACAGUGAUUCUUCUUCUCUAGAUGACUUAACGUCUUCAGGUGAUGACUUAACUGAAGAUGAGUCUGACAGCGAAGAUAAUUCAAGUGAAGAGGAUGAUACCAGUACUGAAGAGGAUGAUAGCAGCAGUGAAGAGAUUGAUACCAGCAGCGAAGAGAUUGCUACCAGUAGUGAAGAGGAUUCGAGUGAUGAGGAUGGCAAAAACACUCCUGUUAAGCCUGUGGAUGGCAAGAAGAGGGUGGCUGAAUUUGCCUUGAAAACACUUGCUUCUGACAAGAAGGCAAAGAUUGGAACACCAUCUGGCCAGGCAACAACAGGUGACAAGGAGGUUCCUCAUGUGGCAACUCCUCAUCCAUCAAAGCAGGCCAGCAAGACAUCUGGGAACAGCAAGUCAAAGGCGAAGUCCACCAAAUCCGUAGGAACCCAUGCCUGCAAGUCGUGCAGCAAGGCAUUUGGAAGUGAUUCAGCGCUCCAGUCCCAUGAGAAGGCAAAGCACACCUGAGCUUCUAGUGGUGACGACAUGCUGCUGAUACCGUGUCUGCAAGUUUUGCCUGCUAAUCAGCAUUAGAUUAGUCCAUUUGGUCCUCUCCUGAAACGUAGAACUUGGAAUUUUUUUGCCUCUCACUAGAUUAUUAGUCUUUUGGCCCUGGAAAAUAUUGCUUCUGGCAAUGGUUCAUACAUUGCCCAGUCUCCUGAUGCUCGUUGCCAUUCAUGUUGUUGGUCUAUCUGUGAAUUAUGGAGAUGCUUGUUAAAUCCCUGGAACAUGUGAGUUGAAGGUGAAAUGUGAGGUACUACCUGCGUUCCGAUGAAUAAGGUUUAUACAUUUAGUCAACAGUCAAAGCUGACAAAGUUUGAUCAAAUAUGAAAGGAAAAUAUAAACAUC